AUGGCUCAGCACAGCUUCGCCCAGUUCGCCUCUACGAACGGCGGCAACAUCGACCCCAACGAGCUCGCCAUGGGCGGCCCCCCUUUCCCAAACGCCCAUAACUACAACACGGGCUCCAACCAACCCAACGGCUUUUCCAGUGGUUCCGCCGUCUUUGGCGAUGACGAGUUACUCGAUGGUCUCGCCAGCCCAGGCGACAACCAACACCUCAACCAGGACUUUAGUAACAUGAACAUGGGCUUUUCGCAGUCGAAUUUUACCCAUCGUGGCUCCCUCCAGAUUGACCCUACCAAUGGCUAUUCCAGCACCCCGGACGGUGACCCUAUCCAAAGCCCAUACGGGCAUGGUUUUAACAAUGCACAGUUCCGCCAGAUGAGCACCUCGCUGCAUUCCCCUAUGUCCUACAAUGGUUCUCCCCUUACCGGCGAUAUGGGCUCCGCCCGAGCCAGAAUGUCCCAGGAGAUGCAAAGGAAGGCUUCCAACAACAGGACUCCCAUGACCCCCAAGACCAAUAGCAUCCACGGAAUCCCCAUCGGCUCCCAGGAGUCUCCCUCAUUUGGUCCCCAGUCCAUGCGCAACUCGGGCAGCCAUGACAAGUCCCCUGGCCACUGGCUGAAUACCCCCACAGGCAGCAUCCCGGCUUCGUAUAACUCGGGCUUUUCCUCGCCCAUGCAGCAAGGUAUGGUGCCCAUCAACGAGGUCAUGAUGAAGGGUGGCACUUCCAUGCCUACCAAGCUCAGUGGUCCCCCUGGUGGCGCCGUAUCGUCUCAGGAGAUGAAGCGCAAGCGCCGUCGCGAGUCGCACAACCUCGUUGAGCGUCGUCGCCGCGACAACAUCAAUGAGAGGAUCCAGGAUCUCAGCCGUCUUGUUCCUUCGCACCGCCUCGAGGAUGAAAAGAUUCGCAAGCUUAUCCAGAAUGGAACCCCCCUCUCCCCUACCUUGACCGGCAUCUCCAGCCCCUCUCAGGCCACUUCCGGCCUUGCCGGACCCGGAGCGAGGAGAGCCACAGGUGGUGCCGCUGGUAAUAUUACCACCGGACUCCCGAUCGAGGACAAGGACAAGGGCCCCAACAAGGGAGACAUUCUCAAUGGUGCUGUCAGCUGGACCCGCGAUCUGAUGUGGAUGCUGCACCUCAAGCUUCAACAGCAUGAGCAUCUUAUGAAUACCAUUACCGACCUUGGCGGACAAUUUCCCUUCGAAUUAACUGACGACGAGAAGCGCAUGCAGUCUGAGCUCGCCGAAGCCCUCACACGCACCGAGAAUGACAGCAUGAUUUACUCUCGUACUGCUGGUUCUGGUCUUCGCGUUCCCGACCACACUGACUACCGCGGCGAGCCGCUUAACGGUGCUGGUCCCAAUCUCGACACAAUCGGUAUCACCCCCGAUGCCUCUGGUGUCAUGGGAGACGCCAGCCAAUUUUGGCACGAAGACCAGGAUGACGGCAGUGGCAACGUCCCGCUCAACUUCAAGCAUGAAGACGAGUACGACAUGGACCUGAACUGA